UAUCAUUUAGGACUUCCUGGAAACCCAAUAUUGUUGGGGUUGCGGCUUUGUACGGAACAGUAGUGGUGGGGACACUGAAGGCGGCUAGCUUGAAAUCGUGGAAGGAGGGAUUGGAUCCGCAAUGAAGGAAAUACGGAAGUCGAUGAACCCGCGGAAAGGAAAGUUGCCAAAGAGGCGUGAUGUUGCUUAAUAGAGGUGUUUACUGGAGCGAUUCUAGAACGACGGUCGUUCACCCUGUGAUGUGAAUGGAACGAUUCCGUGUCUGCUCGGGAGUAGAUAUUGAUUGAAACAGCUGACAGGAGAGCGGGCGCGCAGCGCGUGUCUGGAGAUAUUUCCUUGAGGCUGUCAGGUUUGUUGAGAAAGGAGUGUGAGUAUGUGGGAAGUAGACUGUUUUUAUGGGGUGCGAUCAAUAGUGAGUCCCCAUUGAUUGUCCGUUUCAUCUUGUAGCCUCGAUUUGUUCCCAUUUCGCCUUCUACGGCGCUUCUGACAAGCGAAGAUUCCCAACUACUGUGUCCCGGGUUCAGUGCUUCCCCUUUCCAAAAAAAAAUCGUAUUGCUUCGUGCCAUGGUCCGCCCUCUAUCGCAUGUUGAUAUGUGUUAUGUAAUAGCUUCCCUGGCCGAUGUUACAGAUGAGCUUAGCUGAUGGUGUAGUGUUUUUUCUGAAAUGGAAGCACUUAAGAACGAUGCCUUAAUAGGAGAGGUUAUGUCACGCAUGUAUUAAGAUUAGGAACAAGUCCAUUUUCAGAGUACAGUGCAUUUUGUGAAGACAUCAUUUAUGCUGCUACCUUUGCUGUGGCUGUACUCUUGCUCACUGCCAAAAGAAGAGAAGCAGAUGCUAUUGUAGCCCAUCUCUUGGGUGUGUUGCUGGGGUCAGGGUGAGGGCAAGGGCAUGGCUGCCAAGAUGCCAGAACUGAACUACUCCUGUGAGAUUUGUGGGGUGGAGGGGCUGAACGAUGAAGAAAUGCGUUCUCAUAUGGUUGUGUUCCACCUGGAAGGUGCUGCUUCCUGUCCCUUUUGUGAUUUGGGUGAUGUAUCAGCAGAAGAGAUGCUGAUGCAUGUGAACAGUGCACAUUUGGACUAUCUUACUCCCGAACAAGAACUGCUGGCGUUUAUUGAUGAUGAGGUGGAUGAGGAAGAGACAUUAGAUCGUGUUAGUGAUGUGAAACAAUCUUCAACACCGGCUUGGUCUUCAACUCCAACACCAAGAACUCCUAGCUCAAGUUCCCAAGGACGUUCCUGGAAUCGUAACCACAACAAUAACAACAAUAAUAAUAAUAACAACAAUGCAUGGGAAUCUGGGAGUUCUUGUUUACCAGGAUUGGCACCAUCUGUGGGCGGAGCCUCUGAAGCGAGUUCAGGGUCUCCAUCUCGAUCCCAACUUGCGCUCAACCUGCGGCCACCAGUGGUAGCCCCUGGCCUGCGACCAUCUGCCGGUACACCUCAACAAUGUCCCCUUUGUCAGCACACCAGCAACGACCCUUUACGACUAGAAGAGCAUAUCAACCGACAGCAUUUUGACCUGACUAGUCCAUCGUUCCCCGCUGGAAGUAGUCCAGGGGCACGAAGCGAUGCCUCGUACAACUGCCCUCUCUGUGUUCGCUCCUUCCAGAACAGUCCAGAUCUGGAAUUGCAUGUCAACAUUGAACACAAGGACAUUCUCAGUCCAGCCAAGCCUAGCACCGCUGCAACUGUAACAGGUGAGCCAUGGACUGAUGCUUGUCCAGUUUGUUCCAUGGCAAACUUCUCUUCAAGUCAAGAAAUGGCAUCUCAUAUUGAGGAACAUUUCAAUCAAAAAGAUGGUAUUCAAGGUGCUUCGCCUGCCACUCCUGACGUCUCCUGUGAUCGCAUGCUGGCAUGCGAGAUGGAGAAGCGUGAAAGGGAGGUGCGGCGUUUGCGGGAGCAGCGCGAGUUUGAAAUGCUGAGAGCCCAGUAUGGCAUGGACAACCAAGGCAACUUUCGGGAGCAGAGUCUUACCAACAUGCAGAAGGCUGUGUAUGCUGGUGAGAUGUCUGUCGCCGACUAUUAUGAACGCCAGAUUGAGCUGCGGGCAGCUGAGAGUAAUGGCGUUGAUGAUGGAAGCUCUUGUACCAAAGGGCUGGUUGCUAAGGUCCGAGCCAUUAGUGGAAACUCACCAAAUGUAGUCCGUGUUCUUACUUGUACCACCGUGGACCACUAUGCUUCCACAUAUGGGGAUAAAGGUUGGGGGUGUGGAUACAGGAACAUGCAAAUGAUGCUGUCAUCUCUUCUUCACCACACGGGUUACAACGAACAGUUGUACCGGCCAGCGGGGGGUUCCAGCAGCAGCAGCCAACGCGCAGGCGCGAGUGGUUUGCUGGAUGCCGGUCCAAGUCGGUCCGCCAUGCCCUCCAUAGGCCGGUUGCAGCAACAUGUGGAGUGGGCAUGGGCACAGGGCUUUGAUGUCCAGGGCUGCGAUCAACUGGGUGGGCGCCUCUUCAAUACACGGAAAUGGAUCGGUGCUACUGAAGUGGUAACUGUGCUGUCUUCUUUGCACAUACGGUGCCAGUUGGUUGAUUUUCACCGGCCUACUGGUGUUGAUGGUAGUCAUCCAGCACUUUUCAAUUGGGUGUUUGAAUAUUUUGAUCGAAGUGAUGAUUUCAAACCACCUCUCUACCUUCAGCAUCAAGGGCACAGCCGCACCAUCGUCGGCGUGGAACAGCAUAAGGAUGGGACGUUAGUGCUGCUGGUGUUGGAUCCUAGUCACAGUCCAGCGCAGAUGCAGCAGCUUCGGAACACAGCCACCGGACCCGCCGCAAUGCGUCUCAUCCGCAAAACCCUGGCCGCGAUGAAAGCACGUCAGUACCAGCUUGUGGCGGUGGCAGGUCUCAUGGACUCUGAACUGGAGUUUCAGCAAAGCAAAAUACUACGUUCCAUCAGGGUGCCGCAAGAUCGAUGAUAGUGCAGAGCGUCGCCUUGUGCCCACUCACUUUGUCAGCUGUCCCACUGCAGGUUUGAGUUUUGUUUCCCAGUUCACCCACUCUCCACCGAUAACUCAGCAAAUCUACAUACUCCUCUUAUUACUACCCAGCCACUCUGCAGCCGGAAGACAUUGCUGCGAACCACACUCGCUGCUGCUGUUAGUUAUUCAGUUUUCCCCCCCGUCGGCCCAACGUCUCGCUGCUGUCUGUGGGGCCUGGACGAGAAGCUCUUAAACCCCCACAUGGGAGAGUAUGGGAGCAGGCUUUUGCUGAGUGUAUCUGCUCUCACAUCUUUACUACGAUGAAAUACAGCGCUCAAUGCUGUGGGUUUUCUGUUACGGUCUUAAGUUAAUGUCGCUUGAUGUUAUAUAUGCUUGCCAAAAGAAUUUCAUAAAACUGACAACUGGCUGUGUGUGCAUUUUUCUUUGUUAUCAUGUAAAUGAUGCACUUAAAAAUUGUGAUCUCAAUGUGUAUUUUUUUUUUUUUUAUUUAGAAAUUUAUAGAUAUUUUGAUGAAUUCUGUGAUAUUUCACUGUACGUUUUUCUUUCAUUUUAUUAGAAAGCAGAACUGGUGUUUUUGUAGAUUUUUUUUUCCUUUUUUAUGUUUUAUUUUGUUGUGUUUUUGGGAUGUUAUUUCCAUAUCAUCAUACUUUAAUUAAAGCAAGCUGUUAUCUAUGCGUUUUUCUGAAGGUUUGUUGACAUGUUUUGAGAGCAUGAAACUGAAAUUUGUCCUGCAUUUGAAUAUGAAGUUUUUGUUUAUUUACUUUACUUUAAGUGUAUUUGUGUUAUUAAUCCAAAUUAUUCCAAACCCAAUGUGUGUCUUUAAAUCUUGUUGUGGGAGCAAUUAGCCAAACCUCACAGACCACCUGUAGCUCUAAGCACUAGACAAACAUCGUACAAAUUAAUUUUCAAAAGCUAAUCUAGAUACCGUAUUUAAUAGUAUUCUAUACUGUUGAGUCAUUAUAAUUUUCAUUUAGAGAUUUUGAGGCUCCUUAAAAUUACACUUUAGCCAAGCGUAAUAUAAUAGGCAAAAGAGAAAAGAGACAGUUGUCUCGCACGUUGAACCAAAAACUUGGAUAGAGAAUAAUUGAUCUCAGUCACAUCAUCGAGAACUUCCAUUGACUGCCAUGAUGAAUAGAUAGAUUAAACUGCUUUAUUUCUAUGUGGUUUCUCUGGCUAGCAGAGUUCUAGUUGCAAUGGUUUCUGCCAAAGGUAUAGAGAUAGUUUCUCCCUGAAAAACGGCACUUCAAACACCUGCUACCAGAGGUAUUGUCAUGCAGCCCUGCAAUACUUGACUCUGUGGUCAGACUGUUUUAGUUACAAGAAACAAUUUGUUAUCCUCUAUCAAUGUACAUACAGUGGACUCUUGUUACAGUUAAUGAGUUUUUAAUAUUCUCUUCUGCAGAAACUGCCCAAUCACAAGCUACCGUGUUCUGUCACUUAGAAUUGAACAUUAUCACACCACCAUUUUUGGUGUAUUUAUCUGUUAGGAAGAGUAGCACAAACUUACAUGUGAGAAUAAUUGUAUAAAAGCAGAAGAGAAUCAUUGACGCCUUUUAUAUAGGAACUAAGUGCAGGGUAGAUAUUGCUAGGUUUAAUCAUUGCAUGAAUUAUAAGACUCAUCCCAGAGGAGAUGCAUUUGUGGGUGCAAGAAAACACACCAUGUUACCUUUUGUAUCCCUCUGCACAACACUUGCAUUUUGCACUCACACAUGCUCUUCGCUUAACCCCUGUUCUAAUUCACUCAUCGUAAUAGGCUCAAGCAAUACAAUUUGUACAUGCAACGAGAUGUUUCAGGGUAGGUACUCCGUAAGUGGUGGACGCGGUGAGCAAGGUUCCUCACAUAAACGUGCAAUUUGUUUGGGAAUGAUGCUCAUGUAACCCAGAUAAGAAAUAAGUUUUAGUGCAAGUCGGUAGCAAAUGUCCUUUUGCUGGCAGAAAUGUAGGUUAUAAAUUUGCCUCAAAACUUUAAAAUCGUGUAAUAGUUGUGGAACAACUUCAGUUAUGUUAAGCAGUUUUCUAUCACCAAAUGCUUUUUGAAAAGUACUCUUAAUUUUUGGUGUGCUCCUUUUAAUAGGACUUCAAGAGAUUUUCUGAAUUAAUCUUCGGGUCAUGAAAUAUCCAUAGAUUGCAUGCUUUAAUAGGAAACUGUGGGUACUUUUAAAAUAUAAACUUAAACAGUUGUUAUUGUACCUUGAGAUUUACUGCUUAGCAUAAUGCUUGUUUCUCACAGCUUUCCCCCUCCCCCCUGCCAUCUCUAUUCUUGCAAGUAUGCAUGAAUUGGCUAACAAAUCUGACACCAUCUAGACAUAGUAUAUUCUCACCCAGUAAAAGUAGCGGGUUUAUGAUUCUUGAUAUUUCUGAAUCUAUAAUGCCAAGCUGUAUUUUCUAAAUUAAAUUUUUACCUUAUGACUCUUUAAUGUAUCUGUUGUAUCCAAUGUGAUAUCGGCUUUCGUUGUAAAUCUGUUCAGUGUUUGUGUUCUUGGUCUCAGCGAAUGUGUUUAAAGGGCUGUAAUUGUGCCUUGCUAGGACUUAAGAGAGUCUUUAACAAACGAUUUUUAUGAGACAUAUAUACUGAACAUAAUGUUUCACUAUUAAGAGUUUUAUCCAUUUGUGUUAUUUGUUGCAAUAAAAUUGUGCAUCAGAUUCCUUUCAUUUGAGCAUUUUGAAAAGUAUAAUCCUUCAAAUGUUGUGUUUAAUCAUCUAAAACCAUUAAUAUUACAAAAUCUAAAGUCUAUUGCCUCAACCGAAAAGUUUGUAUUAUCCAUUAUUUUACCUAAGCAAGGUACAGAACAAAGUGAGAAGUUCACCGCAGGUAUGACUCAAAGGAGAAUUGUGUUCAGUGUGUUUGUUGUGAGAUAUUUAUAGAUUGAUUUAGCUGAACAGUGAAAUCAGAAAAGUUGCAAGGCUUACAACCCCUAGAUUGUUGGGCAUUGUUUCCAAGCCUGAGGCACUUGGCUUGUCACUAGUAAGGACUCUUGCACUAUUUACCAAAGGAGUCCAGACAUCCUUCUUUAAAUAGCCUCUGUCCAAUCAGCAAAGAGGUUUCUUCCAAACAGUGAAUUUAAACUCAACUUGUGCAUUUCAUGGGGCCAAGGAUGGAAGCAAUGGUAUCGCAAUCGCUCUUGAUCGUCUCUGCAGUUACUGCAAAAGUAGCGAUCAAAUUUUUGUAGAUUGCUUGCUCACCUUUCUCCCUGAUUAUUGUAUGAUUGAAAUGACAGAACAUAGUAUGUGCAGUUUUCCUCUUGAAUACAAGCUUUUUUCCUCUGUGCCUUAUGAACAAAUUGGAAUAAUUAUUAUCGUUCAUUGUGAACACCAUGUCAAAAUAAUGUUGAACUGUUUCAUAUUUUGGUAUUGUGCAAGCUGUGGGCAGUUCGUCCAGGCUAGUGUUGUAACUUGGUAUGUUUUAGUACCUCUCCUAAUAUCUGACCUUGCUAGUUUGUGUAAUUUCGUUGUAUACCAAAGCUACAUUAGCAUCAGUAGUGGUGCAAAAUGUAAAGAGCCCUGUUCAUCAAUAGCCUCACCCCUUACAAGAAUCACUCAGAAGUAAUAUGUACUAAAAUAUUACAUUAUUGUUAAAUUUAUUUGCGUUGCUAGAACCAUUGAGACUAAAUUAUUUGGUAGAAUUGUGAAUUAUUGUAGAUGUACAUGGCUCUUCAGCUUUAAUUUAUCUUUAGUGUUACGAUUUUAAUGUUCUUUUUUAUGUAUAUAUCUUUUUUUUUUAAUUUAUCAAUAUAAUGUAUUGCUUCCUCCCCUUCUCUUGGAGUGUCCAGAUUCUGCAAUAUUCAGGAUUUUCAUAAAUUUGAAACCUACAUAUUCAAUAAUAUUUCUAUCAAGUUGUGUUCAUAACUACUCUAAAAUAAAUUUAAAUCAUUGUAUAUUUUUCACUUUAUCUCAAAGAGAAAUUAACUUGUUCACAAAAGCUACUCUGGGAAAGCAAAUAUUUCACUUUUUCAUGCCAGUCCUUAUAGAUCUAGUCAUUUGUGCUACGGAACACCAUCACAAUUAUUCCUGGAUGUUUUUUUUAAUUUUUAGGACAUCAGCUUUUACAGUUAAGCUUUCCUGUACUGUUGACAAUUUCCACUGUGUACAAUAUAUUGAUUUUCAUUACUCCAACACAAACUCAGGUUACAUUUGAAAUCAAAGCAAUUGUAUAGAAGCAAAAAAAUAACUGUUGUAACUGAAAAUGUUUUUGUCUUUGUCAAGUCUGUUGACCUUUAAUACCCCCUGAGAACUGUUCAUGUUAUAUUUCGAUGAUGAAACAUUUCCUCAAGUUGCAAUUUCAAAUUUGCUUCAUGCAAUGUAAUCUCCUAAUUUCCUUGCAAUAAUGUCAAAUGAAAAUGAAGUAUGGGUUGGCGGUGUUAAGAACCAACAUCAGCCAAUUUCUCAGUUCCGCAUAUCUCCAUUGCAUUGAUCAGUUCACAUCAACUGGCACAACAGGUAUUGGGAAUCUGCUUUUCUCAUGAGAAAGGUUGAGACGACAGGGAAAAAAGGAAAUUACUGGAAUAGAUAUUUUUAUAAGCUUCAAAACACCAAGAGAGAAGAAAAUGUGUUGAUAUCUUGUGUUGAAUUUAUUUAAGAGAUUUUAUACAUCAGUGAUUUGUCAGAAAAUAAAUUAGGUAUUUCUGCUUGCACAGACUCAAAUGAAAUGAAGCAUACAACUGAGACAUUACAAUGAGAGGCUGUAAUACUAAUUACAAAUCACAAAACAGGGGAAUCGUGUAACGCCAACAGUUCUCUGUUAACAAUCCUACAAUGUAAAAUUGUGUGCUGACACACAACCUAUCAGUUUAAAUAAAUAUACAAGAAGAAAUUUGUCUUUCAUUUCCUUGUAAAUACUGCAAUAACUUAACAUUACUACCCCACUACAAAACUGUACAUGACUGUCUUUGAAGAGUAUUUGACUGGUUCAUAUAGAGAAUGAGAACAUCAAACAUUAAAGCCAUGCCGCCUCAUACAUUCUUUAUGUGCUUCAAUGUAGUUCUUGCAAUUCGCUUCCCCGUUUUCGAUGAUACUGGCAUCUCUCGCUUUUUUCGUUUCUGGACAUGCACAACAAGGUUUUAAUUUCUUUCCGUCAGAUGAAACGGGAGUGACAACCGCAGUCUCGGUCUUACUGCUUCCACUACCCAUCUUUACUCCAAGCGAAUUUGAUUUCCUUUAUUACGAAACUAUCUAUACACUUGCCUUUGAGACCUAUGUUGUCUCAGCCAGAUUCCCGUUCGCUCGGGUGACGAAUAACCACGCGACCUUGCACACUGUGCGUCAAUGCCAAGUUAUAGCAAUAGCAUUGGGCCAGGUAGGACAAAGAUAUGAUUCACCAGACGAGCACAUGCGCGAAUAUACCGGAGGAGAGCCGUAUCUCUUUAUUCCAUGAGAGAGGCUAAUCUGGUUAAUGGAGGAUUUGCCAUUUGAAGGACUACAUACGUACCGCGCUCUUGAAGACAAUCGCCGCAUCAGGAUCGAGCGUUCCAGUUCCGUAAUUCUGUGUUUCUGUCACAGGUGACGCAGGGUUGCGAUUCGCUUCCGAAACUGGUUAUCGUAAUAAAAGAACACGCCGCAGUGCGGAGGCGGCAAGGUGAAGCGGCAUUGAGAAGAAACUGGCAUCAUGACAAAUGAACCCACCCUCCCCGUGAACUUGUAGCGCUAAAAAAAGAGGAAAGGAGCGAGCCUGCAACCAUGGCUACACCGUACGUGAUGUCCAAAGUGCCCACGUGCUACUACCCGUGCGAUGCGGAAACGGACCUGCCGGAGUGUUGCAAGGAAGCGUCGUCGAAACCGCGGUACGCCUACUGGUGCUCCGCGUGUAAAGUGGAGCCGGGCGGCGGCGGCCACCAUGGCACGGCGGCGGCGCGGCGGCGGCGCAGCCUCAGCGAGACGGCCGAACCCGCGGACCCCCUGCGCGAGCAGAACCACCGGGCCGACCACUGGAAGCGGCCCGUCAAGGAGUACGGCGACGGCGCGCUGCACGGGGGCUGCGCGGCGUACCAGCCGUCGCUGCGGCCCUACGACACGGAGUACGUGGAGGAGGCCCUGCCCGGGGAGGCGGGGCGCGUGGGCGCGGGGGCGUGCCCGUCGAAGCGGCCCAAGGAGCGCCUGCUGCCGCUGCCCUUCUGCUCCAUGGCCACCGACUACGAGCCCGAGGUGGUGACGACGCCCGGCGCGUCGGCCGCCGUGGCCAGCGCCGCCGGCGGCAACCACCCCCACCCGCACCACGCGCCCGCCCCCGCGCCGCGCCGCCUGGAGGUGUGCGCGCAGACGCUGCUCAUCGAGGGCCCCUACUCCGCGCCGCGCGCCGCGCCCCCGCACGCCCACCCGCCCGUCCAGCCGACGCCGCAGCAGCAGCUGGUGGGGCGGCGACGCGCGCUCUCCAGGUACACACCUGAGGUGGAGGCGCUACGUUCUCGGCUCCGAGAACUCCGAGGAGCUGUUCCCGCUGGUGGCAACAGUACUGGAGUUGGAGUUAGCAGCACUUUGUCAGAGGGCAAGCGUCUGCGCCAGCGAAGCGAGUCUGACCCAGGCCACGGGUGCCUGAGUAGCGCCGCAGUAGCAGCUGCUGCAGACGCUGUGCGACGCCUACAGCAGGUGGUAGCUUCAACAACUGGCCAUGCAAAUGUCAUGUCUGCGGCUGCUCGUGCUCUUGUAUCGCCAAAUGGUCCAGGGGGGGGUUGUGCAGCCACAACCUGUGACGCUCGGGAGGCAAAGAGAGCCAGAGAUGCAUCCCCUGUUCCACCUGAACUCCCACCCAGCGCUUUGGAGAAGCAUAGACCUGUUGUGGCACACAGCCCUACCAGAAUUGCCCAUUGCAGAGCUUUUCACAAAACUAAAGGGGCAAGUCGUGUCCUUCGCCGUGGCGAUUCAUCAGAAUCAGAUUAUGACGAUCAGACACCAGAUAGUGGGGCAGUUGUUGACUGCAAGGAUGUUCCACAAGAGGAUAGUGAAGAAGUGGACCAUGUGCAUUGUUACGAAUGCAUCCAAUUUGCUGCAGAUGACGCCCGAUCCGUAAUGAGCAGCUUGACCACGGCUUCGUCCAGCGACUCUGCCUCUCCGUCAUUAGUGGGAGAGACCCUAGGUUCCAUAUCCUUAAGUGACACUGGAUUGUCAUCGAGAAUCACCACCCCACACGCUCCCAUCAAACCAGUCACUCCACCCCGGCCCCCAAUGGCUGCUUCCUCCUUUAUAGUACGUCGCAAGGGAGAUCUUCCGCGGUCUUUGCGGAGUAGUUUGUUUUCUCAUGUGCCUCCAUUUAUUCGGUUCUCAAUGCAUGAUGCAAAAGGAGAGCCUCUUCCCCCAGAAGUGUCUUCAAUCCUCAAAUGGAAACUUAGUACCAUCACACCAGUGGUGGUGCGCCGAACUCUUGUCAAUUCAGGGUUUCGCCUCGUGCGAAAGUCAAACGAAUGGAGUGGAACAUGGGGCAAGCACAUGAAAAGCCUGUGUUUCCGGACUCUGAAGGAAUUCCAGAAAAUCAAUCACUUCCCUGGGACUUUCCAAAUAGGACGCAAGGACCGCUUAUGGAAGAACUUGUAUCGGCUCAUGACAAAAUUUGGUCGCAAAGAAUUUGGUUUUAUCCCACGCACUUACGUUUUGCCCCAAGACAGCAAACUUUUGCGUCAAGCAUGGGAGAAAAAUUGCGGAAAAGAAAAAUGGAUUAUCAAGCCUCCAGCAUCUGCUCGAGGCACAGGUAUUAAAGUAAUCCAUCGUUGGGCACAGAUACCCAAAAAGCGCCCCCUUGUGGUACAGAAGUACAUAGCUGAUCCUUACCUCAUCAAUGGCAGCAAAUUUGAUUUGAGACUGUAUGUGUUAGUUACCAGUAUGAAUCCAAUGAGAGUGUAUAUUUAUGACGAUGGUCUGGUGAGAUUUGCUUCAGUAAAAUACUCAGGUGAUAUGGCUACUCUUAGUGACAGGUACAUGCAUCUCACAAAUUACAGCAUUAACAAACUGAGUAGUAUGUACACUCAAAAUGAAGAUGCGUCUGCAUGCCAAGGUCACAAAUGGACAGUGAAAACGCUGUGGAGCUACAUGGAAAAGCUCGGGGUUGAUGUUAAUCGGCUUUGGGACAAUUUGGUUGAUCUUUGCAUCAAAACAGUAAUAUCUGGAGAACCUUCUAUUAGUCAGUUGACCAGAUCCAAUUUACCAUCACGGUACUGCAGCUAUGAACUCUUUGGAAUUGAUGUGCUUUUAGAUGAGCAUCUCAAACCUUGGCUUUUAGAGGUAAACAUAUCACCCUCGUUGCAUUCAGCUUCACCCCUGGAUUUAGCUGUGAAAGGUCCGCUGGUGCGAGAUCUCAUGAACCUGGCAGGCUACCAUGUGCCAAACAAACUGGUAACUUCCCAGGUGGAAGAACUCCUCACACAGUUCGGUGUGCCCAGAGACAGGAUCUCUUCGCUGUGUUUUGAUAGGCGCCUGUACACUACUCUGUUGGGUCCAGAAGAACGGCAGAAACAUCAUAUGUUCCAAGCCUAUACUGAACGAGAAGAAUAUCUUGCAGAUAUUCUGGAAAAACUUACUCCAGAUGAUGUGAGACAUCUCAUUCAAGCAGAAGACGAAUUGACUCAGGCUGGCCGUUUCAUUCGGAUCUUCCCCACACCUGAUACACAUCUGUACUUGGAAUAUUUUGAGUCUCCGAGCUACUACAAUCGUCUCUUUGAUGCUUGGGAAACAAAAUAUCAUAUGAAUCGUCAAGAGGGGAUUGAGAGACUGGAGUAUCUGUGUCGCAAAAAACAUCAUCUUAAUGUUCCUCCUGUUAAUGCCACUGCCAAGUUCUCUGUCAGUCAGCAAGUCCUCCCUGCCGAAGAAGGAAUGGACGACAUGGGUUUAGGGUUGGAAAAGACGUCCACUGAAGACAUGACAACAACAACCGAAAGGAAGGUCCUGACCCUGUCGUCGGUGGCGCUGUACCGGGCGGCGCGGCCGCGCUCGGGCAAGCUGGGCGUGGUCCUGAAGCCGUUCCCGCGCUCCAGCUACGUGUCCCGCAAGCCGCGCACCUCGGCGCCCGCCCUCGCCCCCACCCCGGCGUCCACGCCACCAGCCACCGCCAGCGCCGAGGACAGGGGCGGCGGGGACGGAGACGGCGCCGGCGCCGGCGGCGACUCGCCGCCCCCUCGCCGGCCCCGCCCGCGCUUCCGCCCCGCGCGCAGGAUCUCGUCCGACUCCAACACGCCGCCCCCGCCCUCGACCCGUCAACGCUCGCCCUCCCCAGCGCCCUCGCCCUCCCCAGCGCCCUCGCUCUCCCCAGCGCCCUCGCCCUCGCCCACGCCCUCACCCGCGCCAUCUCCAGCGCCCUCGGCCUCGCCCUCGCCGCUCGCCGCCGGCGACGCCGGCCUCGACUCGGCCGACGCCCAACCGCUCCUCCAGCAGCAGCAGCAGCCACCGCCGAUGGGGCGGGGCGAGCGGGCCGCCUGCCCCUGCUAGCCCUUCCCACUGCCCGCCACAUGCCUCUGCCCAGUGUCAUGACGGCGGCCCCGCCCCCUACCUUGGACAGUGCUCGUUUUUCCUCUAUUUGAUCUAUUUCCCUUCCUUCUCUUCUUCAGCGAGCUUGAACAUUGAAGCCUCCCUCUUCCUCCACCCUCCACCCCACCCUGUUUCUUCUGUGUGUGUGUGCAAUGAUGUCGAUCUCCCUAUCUGAUAGAUUGCUGCUGUGUGUUGUAUUGGAAUAAAAAAGAAAGAUGGUUGGAAAAAAAGAACCUACCAAACAAACAAAACAAAGAAAGUGUUGUCACAUUCCAGAUUAAUAUUUAUUUUUAGAUGAAAAAAUCGUAAAUUUGUGAUGUUCACAUCAGAAAUCCGCGCCUGUGGGGUAAACUUCCAUGCUGAUUGGCCUAAUAAGGAAAUAUGUAGUGAUAGAGAGAGUUGCUUGAAAAAAAUAAUAAAAUUAUUAGGAUGAUGUGUUGUUCCAUGUAGCUUUAUAUACCGAGGGUAUUUUUAAUCUUUGGGAAAUGUAUGUGUAAUUAGAUUUUCCAGUGGGCAUUUGUGUAAGUUUUCUAUAACAAAAGUAUGUCUAUAGUGUAGAGCGUUAUAUCUGGUAAAGAAGGUUUAGGAAACGUGUUGCACAUACUGUGUGAGGCAGUUGUGAUAGUGGUUAAUGUUUGAAUUUGAAAAGGAUCAAUAGUGGUCUUUUUGACGCUAGUUAGAUUGUGAAUAUUGUGUCAAGUCACCCUGCCUAAUUCUUUGCUGCUGUAGAUACCAAAUUCUCAAAGCAUGAUCAUGAUCCCAAUGCUUGUGUCAUUAGAACUAUGGCCUAUACGAAAUAAAAAACGAAUUUAAUAAGUUGCAUUUAAUGAGGAAUUUUCCCUGUCUUUCUGUGUAAAUAUUAAAUUGAUUUGAAAACUUGUUAACCUCAAAGAUGAUUGUGAAGCAAAGUGGGGAGUGUUCAUAGAGACAACUUGUGUUUGAAUACAAGAUUAGUUAUAUUGUUGCAUUGGAUAAUGCUGUAUCAGUGAAGCAUAACUGUUUGCUACCUAUAGUUUUAAGAAUAAUGCCAAAUACUAUUUGUUCACCUGUGUUUUGUGUUAUGUUGCCUUUUUCUCAGCUCCUUAAAAUGCUCAAGUUGGGUUAAUCUUUAAUUAUACUCAGGCGUUGGUUUUGGCAACAACAAAGUAAUAGAGUAGAGGAGUGUUUAAUGGAUAAGUUUUUUAUAACUUUGUCAUAUUGAUCGAUUUUCUUUUUUAUUUAUAAUUAUAUUCUUCAGUGAAUUCCCUGUGUGUUUGAAUGUGUUAAUGUGUUUUCUGAAGACCUGAGGUGCUUAAGAAACUUUUAUUACAAUCAUGUGAUUAUUUAUAUACAAAAGUCUUGCAAGGCUGAAUGAAUCAUGAUAGAAAAACUUUUCCAGUACUAAAUCUUCCUUACAGAAACUUCAGAAAUUUUUCAUGACAACCUUCAUUAAUGGCAUUGCAGUUCUGCAAGUUGAGCGUAGGAAGACUGAAGCUCUUGUCUAUCUCAUAAAAGACAACUUAGUGUAGCUAAUGUUUACUACUUAAAAAAUAAGAAAAUACCUGCUCAACGAAAUGCUAAGAUCAGAGAGUAGUAUCAAUGUUGGAUCUUUGUAUCCAAUUUUCCAUUUUCCGGAACCAAGGAUUUGUGUGGAGUAGCAUAGAAUUUGAAUAUAAAAAGUGACCUUCUAGCCAAAAGUUCAAGGCAAAGGUGAAAAUGAGUUAAUUUAUGUCUUUCCCUUAAGCUUACGAUAGACAGAAGAAAGAAGAAGAAAAAACAAUAUUAAAGCUUGUAUAAGUUCAUUUUUUCCACUUUCAAAUAUGAGCAAGUUACUACUGCCAUAAUGAAAAGUGUUCAUUUUUAAUUCUUUCUCGUGGAAGUUUAUACAGGGAGAAAUUUCAUUUACUGUUCACACUGUUAACGAUAAUUGAUAAUUUGUGUUAAUUUAAUAAGUAUUUUUGUUCCUGCUUCAUUUGUUCUUUUAUUUAAAUGAUGUGCUUAGUUAUGUUUUGAACAUUUACUCAUUACCUUUGUAACUCGCCCCUAUUGCAUUUUUUGAACUUGAAUUAUAUUUGUACCUGCGUGAUUCAACCAUCGACUUAGCUUGUAAUAAUUAAUAUAUUUUGCAUAUCCAGUUGUACAAUAUACUCGUUCAUAAUGCAGAUGGUUGUGUAUUUUCACCCAUAAUUUUGUUAUGAUAUUUAAGAACAUGAGGAGAAUUGAUAUCUUUAGGAUAUGUUUGGACCUAUAUGAACCUGUCAAUUAAUAAUAGGUUUGUGGUUUUCAUUAUUUGUAUAUUGUAAAUUAAAGAAUCAAUUGUGGCAUUGUGAUACGCCACAUUCCAAGUCUGCCUUGAAGGUAGUGAUAAACGUGAAGGAGAUUGUUUAUUGUGAAGAGUAGCGUGCAGGGGCACAAAUCUGUAUACGCCCAUUAGUUGUAUUGUUUAUUCUGUUAUCAGUGCCUGUGCCAGAUAAGGAGUAGCAAUAAAAAUAACUAUGUUGAUGAGAU